UAAGGCACACACCAGCACAGCGAGUCUCAUGCCCAUUAAACCAGGGACUCUUCAGGAUGGCCAUGCAGUCUCUCCGGAGUCUCCUGCAGGCCUCGAUCACGGAGAAGCCCACUGAAAUCGAGUCCUGCUUGGAGGCAUUUGCAGAGUACUUCACCCGGAGCCAGCUCCGCGACCUGGUGCUGGAGGCCAUUGAGGGCCUGACUGACAGCAAGGCCAAGUUGUCUCUGGCUGCUGCUCAGCUGAUGAAGGCUGUCAUGGAAGAGCGAGGCAGAGACAUGACAAAGGUUGAGGAAAUUGUGGAUGGCAUCCUUGAACAGCUCAACUCGAGUCUGGAAGCCAGGACAGAGGAGGAGACCCUGCAGGCCAUGUGCUCCCUGGCACUCAGCAACAUCAUAGCUGUGGUCCCCGUGCUGCUCAGCAAGCCCCUUCCCUGGGACAGCUCCACGCUGGCCUUGUGGAAGGCAUUUGGCACCCAGCGGAACACCUCCCUCAAAGUCGUGCAGCUGCUCACACGCUUCCUUGGAAAAGACCCCCUCCAGAGAGGACACAGUGGACAUGGACACCCAGCCUUGGUGGUGACAUGUGCCUUGUGUGAGAUGCUGUCAGAACCCCUGUGCCUGGAGGCUGUCCAGAAACGCUUCCCACGGCUGUUGCUGGCAGCACUGUGUCACCUCUACUGGGUGACUGAGCAAAAUGCUCCCCAGAAGAUGGUGGUGUCCAGCCAAGAGGGGGCUCCGGACAGCGAGAGCAAGUCCUUUGACCCCACUAGGUGCGCCCUGGAGGUUGUCAAGUUGACAUUUGCAGCUGCGGUCGGGGGAGUGGUGUCCCAUGCAGAUGACCUCCACUUCUGGGACCUUCUUCCCAGCUCCACGUCUUUCCACACUUGGGUCAUGGACCUGACAGAUGGAACCACUUCCCCAGUGUCCCUGGCACCACUCUGA